AUGGUAUAACAUAAUUUAUAAAAAAUAAGACCAAAUAAACGGAAUAAACUGAAACAAAUUGUUUUCGUGUUCAGUUCCCGUAUCCAAUAAAAAGGAUGGAUUUUUCUAAUCGCUGCCGAGGGUGUCUUUCGAAUGAUGAAGAAACACUACAACCUUUGAAGGGUUCGUCAAUCGGCGAACUGUUCCAGGAUUGCGUACGGUUGAAGGUAGCAUUUGAUCCGGGACUACCGAAAUAUUUAUGUGGAGCUUGCUACCACAAAUGUGCGGCCUGGAACAAAUUCAAGCAGCAAUGCAUCGAAACGCAUGACUUGCUUAAUCUCAAGUUUGGAUCUUCAACGGUGUCUAAUCAUGAGCAUAUCAGUGCUAGCGAAAAUGCGGUAGCCCCUUUACAGGAUGAAACUGUCGCAUCUUGCUUGCAGGAGUACACGGAAGCGGAAUGUAAUGAAGUUGGUAUUACUUUGAAUGCCAGCAAUGAUGACGAAAUUUACGAGGAACAAUCUGAAGAGGUUUUGGAAGAAUUUUACCUAGACGACGAGGUUUCAGAAGAAAAUAUCGAAGACAAUCCAAUACAUAUGAAAGACGAAAUACCAGAGGAAACAACUUCUGACGAAAAAGAUGUUGAUAAUCCAGAAAGAAAUUCAGAUGAAUAUCCUGAACAAUGUGCUGUCGAAAGUCAAGAAAUAACGGAAAAAGUUGUACGAUCUUUCACUUGCAAAAUAUGUAAAUCCAGCUUUAGCAACUCAAGAGCGCUUAGACGCCAUAUGAUUAAACAUCAGGAUUCAAAGCGUUACGUUUGUAUAGAUUGUGGUAAAAGCUACAAGUUUCCAACUUCACUCACGUUGCACAAGAAAUCGCACCUCAACAAUCCGACGUACGUUUGUGAGUUAUGCGGAAAAUCGUUCAUUCGUGCUCACGGUUUGAAAACUCAUCUUCUGACACAUACAACGGAAACGCCCUUCGCAUGCAAGAAUUGUCCUAAGAAAUUUAAAAAUGAAAUCAUGCUACGGAACCAUGUCUUCCGAACUCACUCGGAGGUAAAGAACUUUAGCUGCAGUCAGUGUGGCAAAACUUUCAAAACUGGCGCAGAGCUGAAAAUUCAUACUCGGAGCCACACCAAUCAGAAACCUUUUGCUUGCUCACAAUGUGACAAAAGCUAUAAAACCCAGAGCCAUCUAGCGGUACACUUUCGGGCGGUGCAUACCUCUGAUAGACCCUACAAGUGCGGCCUGUGUCCGCAGGCAUUUGCCCACCGAAAAGUGCUGAAAAACCACAGCCUAACACAUUCAAGCGAUCGGCCGUUUUCCUGUGACUUUUGCCAGCGAACGUACCGCCAAAAGUGGACUCUUGUGGAGCACAUGAAGCAACACCGGAAUAAAAUGACUAGGAUUAGGACUGCAGAAGAUUCGAUUGAAUCGCUCGCUGAAAAUCAAGUAGCGAUGCCUAAUCUAGUAGCGGUUGCUCAAUUGCCUCAGAGUUUUAUUAAGCUGGAGUAGGUCAAAAAUCAAUCCAACAACUUUUUAGAAAAUGAAUGUUGCUUAAAAAAUUACUUU